CUCACUGCACCCACUGCGCCCACUGUAUCCCUUGAACAGCCUGCAUCCCCUGUACCUGCCUCAUCCUCAUCCUUACCCCCAGCCCCAGCACCAAUGACCACGCUCCGGGUGACCGUGGUGGAGGCCGAGGGCCUCAUGGCCAAGGACAAGCUGAAGGACGGGACGCAGACGUCGGAUCCGUUUGUGGUCCUCCGCCACGGCAAGACCAAGUACUCGACCACCAUCCACAAGCGCGACCUGUGCCCCGUGUGGAACGAAUCGUACGAAAUCCCGCUUGCUGUUGGUGAGGCUGAGCUCAAGGUCGAGGUGUGGGACCACGACAGGAUCUCCAACGACUUCCUGGGCAAGCUCACCAUUCCUGUCGACGAGCACCUCGACGGCGAGGCUCGCGACCGCUGGCACAUCCUCCAGCCCAAGUCGUCGCGCAAGCCUGUGACAGGCCGGCUGCGGCUCAUCAUCCAGGCCAUCGGCAUCCGCGAGGAUGAAGCAAAUGUUGUCGACCGUGAGUCGCCGCUAUUCUCGUCGGACGAGGACGAGGCACAGGACAUUAUCGCUGUCGGGCCUGAUGGCCGGGUUUUGGUGCCCGAUGCGGACGAGGACGGCUUGCCAGACUACAACGUCGCCACUGUCCGGAUCAAGGAAGCCCGCGACCUCGGUAACCGCAACUACGACCCGUACUGCGAGAUUUCGCACGGCAACCAGCUGCUGCGGACGCAGGUCAUCGAGGACAACAUGCAUCCCAAGUGGAACGAGCAAAUGUUGCUCGAUCUCAACCACCGCGACGACUUUUUCACCUUCCGUGUCUUUGACAAGGCGCUACUGGCCAAGGACACAUGCCUGGGGGAGGUCGUUGUCCGCGUCGCUGACUACCUGGAUGGCAACAUCCACGACGAGUGGCACGCCCUCCAGCGGCCGCCGAAAAAGUCUGGGCUCAAGCGGCUGACUCGGCUGCCGUUCCGCUCUAACUCUGUCUCGGGCGAGCUCCGCUUCGAGAUUGUGUUGGAGCGCCGCGACACCAAGGUGCUCGACUACGAGCGCUCGACGUGGGUGGCGUCUCUACCUCCUCUUCCUCGUCGUUGUCGUCAUCUUCCUCAAGAUCUUCUUUAA